GCCUCGACGACAGAGUGAGGACGAACCCCCACAUUAAGCCACAGUUAACGCACCGGUCAUCUAGGCUUCAACUUCGAACUUCUAAUCAUGAAGUCUUUUAUUGAAUAUUCUCCCGAUUGUGAAUUUCCUGUUGAGAAUCUUCCUUAUGGUGUUUUUUCGACUGAAGAUUGCCUUCAAAAACGAAUAGGAGUAGCAAUCGGUGAUCAAAUUUUGGAUUUGUAUGCAGUUGCUAAUUACUUUACUGGGCCACUUUUGGAAAAGAAGCAAAAUGUUUUCCGCCAAAACAGUCUCAACGAUUUUAUGGCUUUAGGAAGACCAUCCUGGAUUGAAGCUAGAAAAACACUGCAGCGCUUAUUAUCAGCCGAAAACACAACUUUGCAGGAUCCACAAAUUCGUGCAAAGCUUCGCAGGUUAUCAAGUCAUCAAGCAUUCAACAGCGGAAUUACAAGGAUUAUGGAAUUUUACAUCGCUGCUGUAAAACACAUUACACUCCGCGUGUGA